AUGGAUGAAAAUCAAAUUUUAGAAGAGGAGGCGAUGAAAUCUAUUCUAAUUGAAAACAAUGAACAGGAAACGGAGAUUUGUUUAGCAGAGAAAUCCACUCAAUGUCAAGCAAUGAUUUACGAUGAGUUACUGUUCCUGUUCUGCACAGAUUGCAUAAUGGUUGAAUCUGAUAAUUCAUCUUUUUCUGAAAAUUCAACUCAAAAUGUUGAAGGGAAAUUAUCUCCUGUACAAAUUCAGCAAGAAUACUUUGAAAAUUUACAGGACUGUGAUUGGAUUAAAUAUGAAAAAAGCAAUAGGCUUCACUUAUUACAAAAUAUAGCUUUUGCAUUAUUUGGAGGUCCUAGUCUAGAAGGAGAUUUGUCACAUAGUAGGAAUUAUCAAGAAGUUCAUCUAGAAGGCUACACAUCGAGACAGAGGGAACAAGUUAUUAAAAUAUAUGAUAAGUUAUGUGAACAAAGUAAAUAUUCCCAAAACAAUGAAGACAUUGUCAUGUCAGUUUUAUUAGUUGUUUGUGCAAAACCAAACCCUUUAAAAUACUAUCAAAUUCAACCAAGAAACUAUUGGCUAGAUCUACAUCAGAGAAAUGAUAUUAUUAUUUGGUGUACAGCAGUUUUUCGUGUUAGAAAAUGUAUACCUACUACUGUUGAUGCCAAGUCAUGUAAAUUAUACAUUGACGAUAAUGCAAGAGUAUAUCAAAACUGGGAUUCAUAUUUGGCUAAUAAUACACUACCAAAGUGUGUCAUCAUAGUUCCAGAGAAUGGAGAAUACAGAGGUACCUUUAUGGAGGCUGAAAAAGCAUUUGCUGUUAAAUUAACUGUAGCUCCAUCACCUUCUUUGGGUCUUAAGGCCAGAGUACUAAGUUCGGUUGAUACGGCAAGCACAGUUGCUUCUUUAGGAGCUGUGGGAGUACUUGGUGUUGCCGCAUUUACACCCGUUGGACCAGCCGUUCUUAUUGGUGCUACUGUUGCAACUGUCGCAACAGGAGUAUAUGGCCUUGUCCGUUCAUCUAUACAUCUUCACGAUAGAAGGAUUCACAUGCAGAGUAUUAGCCCAACGGAUGCGGAAGCGCGCGGAAGUUGGCUUAAUAUCGCGGCUUCGAGCGUUGGACUUGCAGCUGGUGCUGCAAGCACUUUGCUCUCACGAACUGCUGCCGCCGGCAGUAAUUUAACCAAGACUGGGCAAGCCUUGACACUAUCCGUAGAAGUUCUUCGUCAUGCAAACAUAUUUACUAGCGGGGCUGGAUUCAUUAACAGUCUUGUGCAUAUUAUUGUAAAGUAUCGCAAACAUGGAGAGACACCAACGAAACUCGAACUUUUCCAAUUCUCGGCUGCCACCUUGUUCUUUUUCCACGCCGCAAUAUCUAACCGAACUGCGCAGAAUAUCAUUGAGGAUGCUCAAGCUAACACUAUUAAUGAAUACAGAGCUUCGCUUAGAAGUAACAAUCACAGGAAAAUGUUUGAUAAAGUCAGUGCAGAAUCAAGAAGAGUUAAAGGAAUUAUUCACGGCAAUACUGAAGUCAUACAGGGAAUCAAAAACAUUGCUGAUAAAGAUCAAUACUUUGCUGACAUCCUACGCAUAAAUAAAGAUGUCAACCAACAUAAACUGAGGAUAUCAAUGACUGCAGAUGGCAAAGUUAACUUAAAUGCACAACACAAAUUCAACCCAUCUGAUUUAAGCAACAUAGGAAAAGUAGAAAGAUCAGAAUUGUUUAGUUCUUUAGGUCCUGCUUCUGUUACAACAAAAAAUGUACCGACAAGGAUCUUGCCCACUACACCUGUUGCACAAUAUGUUGAUUCAAAGAAAGAAGACAGCAAACUCAUUUUACUUCCUCCUGGGGAAAUAAUACAAAUUGGUGUAUAUUUUAUACGAGUCAGUGCGUCUGGCGCAGAAAAUAUUGCAAAAAUGUUGGAAAAUGUUAGUCAAGAAAUCUACCAAAGUCUAAUGACCCUUUGCUUUAAUUUAAUCGCAAAAUUAUUGCCCGAAGAUAUUGCCAGGUUGAAGCUUUUAAGUCCAGAAGAAGACUUAAUAUCACAAAUUGUAAAAUUUGUGUUCAACUAUCUGCAACAUAAAAGACCGCUUGGUGAUCCGUGCAGGGAUACCGACAAUGGUAUUGUAAUAGUGUUGAAAGAAUUUUUCCAAGAUGGCAUCAUUCGUCAAGAUACAAUUUUGCAACUGAGGGAAAAGUUAAUUUUUUGGAUUAAUGAAGAAAUCAAUCGGAGGAGUGCGAUGUAUCCACAAAGGAAACAAAUGAUUUGUGACCUCUGUCAAGGCAUUCGCUUUGCUUAA